GAGUUUUACCAGAAGCAGUGAAAUAUGAUAUGGAGGAGAAAAUCAAAACAUGAGUGAUACAAUACGAGGUUCCCUGCCCAUCAAAGGUCACACACCGGUAGAGGGUGGAAACCUAUGAAGUACAGAGUGCACUGCCACAGAGUGCGGAUGUUUUUUUUACUGAAGAGUCCGUGCAGUCAGUCACCCUGUUAGAUGUGCAGCAGAGAGAGUUGCUGACAGUCGACGAGGGCCAGAUUGUUGUUCACAGUAAAGUGACAGGGAAGGAUGUUAUGAGAUUCACGCUGUCAUCGUGUGACGAGCAUGUGUUGUAUGUUUAGGUAGAGCAGAGCAGUCACUGUCUCGUUCUGCUUGGCAUACAGUGUAUUGUCACAUUUACCCUGAUUGUUGUGCACUGUAAAGGGAGAUCAGGGGAGCUUCAGUUUCACGACAAAACUGAGAACUUUCAAGAUGAACGUUUACUGGAUACCCACGAUCCUCCUCUCCCUCUCUAGUGCUGCCAAAAUGAUAAGCUCAAACAACUGUAAAGACAAGCGCAGAACCUUCAACGUGGUCCGUGUGUCUGUCAACGGCACUGCAUCUGUCAGCUGCCCCAACCUGACAGGCAAGGACCGGGAGGAGAUGAGAUUCCACCUUUACCUGGGCUUGGUCGAGGUUGGCAACCACACUCACGACAAUGGUCACAACCACAACUCCACAGAGACACUGAGUCCUGUUGGGGAGGGUCUGGGGCUGAGGGUGAACAAACAGGACCAUACGGUCAGUUUUGUCCUCUCUGGAAUGACCACGGAACGCGCUGGAGUCUAUACCUGUGAGGGGUACCCCAUGUACCCACCUCCCAUUGAGAAAGUACCAGACGAGCCUCAGACCUUGGUCCUGGUUGAAGCUCUCCAGUGCCAGGCAAGGAAGCCUGUGGGAUGUGUAGGCUCUGCUUGGACAUGGGUACUGGGGUUCUGGGUCACCAUCAUCUAUGGCCUGGCUGUCACUGUCAUCGCCUUUGCCAUCUGGCUCAGACUGAGGAGAGUGGAGUGUUCCCAGAGCGACGACAUGGACAUCAAACCCAAAGCUCCACUCAGGGGGCACAGGAAGAAGCAGGGGGUCCAGCAUCCAAUCCGAAUGGGACGAUACUGA